ACUAAUAUCCAGAAAGGUACCAGCGUGAGCGAGAAGAAGAACCUCGAGAGCGUCGUCGAGACUAUUGGGAGCGAGGUCGUUGUUUUAGACUGUGCGCGUCGUUCGUCGCAGCUGUGAGUGUGGAGGUUGAAAAUGUCAGGCCUCUUCGCUAUCGGAGCCCGUGCCGUCCUCAUCCAUGGAAGCAAGCUGAACAUCCUCGAUCGCCGCAAUUUUCCUCAGCAAUUUCCUCCCCAGCAGCAGCAGCAGCGAGUGAAGACGAGUAAUGGUUAGGAGGCGCGUCGUGCCCCCUCAGAUGCAAGCUCUGAAAGGGGCUCAGCGGGAUGCCAAGGAGGACGAGUGGGGCUCAGCGGGAUGUUUUCAACAUCGUGACAGUGAAUUCGUCAAACCUAUCUAGCUGAGAUGAAGCGAAUGGAACUCAUGAGUAGUAUGGCAAACGAGCUGCAAGCGCCUUGAGAGAAACUUCAAGACUUUUCUUCGGCGGUUAGAGUGUUCAACUUGGGCAUCAUGCUCUUUCCAUCUCUAAGGCGAGAUCUCAAACCUUGUCCGAUUCUUAUCCACUCUGAGACACAAUUCAGCAAUUUGUCUGUGACGUGUGGGUUUGCACUGCCGUCAUUGCUGCUCAUUACGCACGAUUCUUAUAUCCCUCGCUCUUCAACUCGACUCGAUAAUACCACUGUCAACAGAUCCCCAAUCUACCAGCUUGGCGACAGCUGCUAGGAACGCGAUAAGCGUGUCGAAUGCAGCGAUAUCUUCUCCUUUAAUCAGGUGGCUGCGAUUCUUCUUUUGGCCAACCGUGAAGCAUCUGAGAUGACUGCCAGCGCUUGCUUCAACUGCCAACAUAGCCGUUAAUGAUCCGAUGUUAGCUACUUUCAAAAUUUAGAAGAUUGUAGUAUACAGAUUUAAAAAUGGUCGAAUACACAAAGAGUCUCUGUUCAAUUACUCAGCGAUUACUAUGGCCUUAGUACCAUUGUUACUUAUGUAAUAGCAGGACGCAAGAUUGUUGCUACACAUCAUAAGUAUGAUAUGAGAUAAAUAUAACCGGACCUUCGGUACCGUGGAUAAAUUGUGGGAGAGGCUUCACACGUACAAGCCCGCACGUCGUUGUUUAGACCCACACUGAAAUGAAAUAGAUUUCCGGAUUUUACUC